AUGACUCAAGUCGCAGCUGAAAUGGCAUGGGAAGAACGCUUAGAUAAUGCUGAAAAGGUUCGCCAAGCUGUCACUAUAAACCAUAUUACUAGUCUAGUCAAUAAAUCAAAUAUUGAAUCAAGUUCAGCUAAUAAUCCGAAUAUUGAAGCAACUUUCGCCAAUAAAUCAAAUGUUGAAUCGAGUCCAGUCAAUAAAUUAAACGCUGAAUUAAAUAGUGAAUUAGAUGGUCCCAAUACACCUGGUCAUAGCGAAAUCUUGUGUAAUAGCGUUGACGGUGAUAAUGAGAAUGAGAAUGAGGAAACAGAAGAAUUAAACACUGUAUCUACUGAUCUAUACAAUCAUCAUCCAGCUGAACAUAAAGAUUCAAAAAUUAAACUCCAAUGUCUUUUCGUGCGUGAAUUAUCACAACCAUCGUUUGUUCGUAUUCUCCAACAGUACAUUGAAGAUAAUCCUAAUACUAGAAA